CAUUCUCGGCUUCGGUUCAUUCUUCGUCUUGUGGAUACGGUGUGCGUAUGCUUUUUUUCUGCAGAAAGAAAAACCAACGCGAGCUAAAACUGAAAAGACAAGAAAGAGCAAUCAGCAAGUAACGGAGCAGUGAUUAAAUCCGAUUAGUAGCUGAAAGUGUGCACCGAAGAAAAGCAAGUUAGUUUUCCGCUGGAGGGGUAGCGUAAAUUUUAUUCGGAGAAGAAAUCUUGUCCACGUGUGAAAAGUUUUCGCAAAACAACCUCCGGAUAGUUUUGGGAUUUUUUUUCUCAUUGUUUGAUCAACCGUGAAGAACCGAAAAUGGAAAUCGCCGCCAGCUAAGUAAGGGAAUCUUCGGAGAUAGAUUGCGUCAUUUGCAAUUUUAAGGACACAGACAGAUUCCACACGGUGCGAGUGGCUGCAAAAUUGGAAUUUAUUGGAAUAACAUCCCCGGAGCACGAACAGCUGCAAGGUAAUAUCGACAAGUGGGUAGCGAGUUUCAGCUACCUACGCACGCACAUCACAGAACAACAGCCAAAUCGGUACAAUGGUUUUUGAAGUGGAAUUUGCCUAAACUGCGAGUUCAAAAUUGUAGAUAAAUUUCUGCAAUUUUCAUAGACCGUCCCCCGGAUUCGAUUGAUAUUAUUGGAACAACAUAUUUUAGAAGACCUUGUACAUCGCGCAAACAUGAGUUCAACCGUCACAACCCGCCGAGGUGCCCAAAAGUCAAAAAUCACAACCCGUGCCCAGCAGGCAGCUGUCGCAGCCGAGGAAGCGGAACGCAAAAGCAAAUUUUACGGCCGCAAACCGAAUACUACACUAGCAGAGGCGAAAAAACGAGGCAAGUUGAAAAUGUCAACCCAAAGUAACCAACCAGGACCGGACGGACAGCCGGGGGCAGUCGAUCAGCCAACAGGACAACUGAAGGACAUCUACGGGAAUGCGUUGUCUGCCGUAGAGCUUAUGCGGGGCGCUACCGGACUGGUUUAUGACAAACGGAUGGCCGAACAUCGGUGCCUGUGGGAUCAGGGCUAUCCGGAGUGUCCGGAAAGAUUUACCCGGGUGCUGGAACGCUGUCGGGAGUUGAAACUGGUCGAUCGCUGCCAAUUGAUUGAACCUCGAAUGGCAACCGAACAGGAACUGCUAACCAAGCACACCCCCGAGCAGGUGGAGAUCCUGAAGGCGACGAGGGAUUUUCGCGAUAGCGACGCACUGGAAGAGCUAAGCUCGCAUUAUGAUGCGAUUUUUAUUCACCCGUCUUCCUACGAGUGCUCGCUGCUGUCGGCUGGGAGUACCAUCGAACUGGUGGAUGCAAUCGUAGCUGGGCGGGUGCAGAACGGGAUGGCAAUCAUCCGACCGCCGGGCCAUCAUGCAAUGAAAGCCGAAUAUAAUGGGUAUUGUUUCUUCAAUAAUGUUGCGAUUGCCGCCCAGCAUGCUCUCGAUAAGCUUGGUUUGAAGCGGAUCCUGGUGGUGGAUUGGGACGUUCACCAUGGGCAGGGAACGCAGCGGAUGUUCUACGACGAUCCACGAGUGCUGUACUUCUCCAUUCAUCGUUACGAAUGCGGAACUUUCUGGCCGAAUCUUCGCGAGUCCGAUUUUGACUGUAUCGGAGAGGGUGCCGGGCUUGGGUACAACUUCAAUGUACCGCUGAAUCGGAUAGGAAUGUCGAACAGCGACUAUUUGGCCAUCUGGCAGCAAAUUUUGCUACCCGUCGCAAUGGAGUUCAGUCCUGAAAUGGUUCUAGUUUCGGCCGGUUAUGAUUCUGCCCUCGGGGACGAAAAGGGUCAAAUGGAGCUCACCCCGGCAUUCUAUCCGCACCUGCUGUCCCCACUGAUGUCUCUAGCCCAGGGACGUGUAGCGGUAAUUUUGGAAGGUGGCUACUGCCUGUCCUCACUUGCCGAGGGUGGAGCGCUGACGUUACGAACCCUUCUCGGUGACCCAUGCCCCCUACUGGUGGAAAAACUUCAACCUCCCUGCGAGAGUAUGCAACAAACCGUCCUCAACUGUAUCCACGCCCAUCGACCCUACUGGAAGAACCUGCGACUCAACGACACCUACGGCUUAGAGGAACUCAACAACAUCAACCCACAACCAAACUUCCAUCAGGUCAUUCAGUACUACGUUGCGCCUCCCCCGCAACCGGAACCGAUUCGUUACCUCACCCGAAACUGCUAUCCACUGCAAAGCAGCGAAGAAGUCACCCGCAUCGGGCAACGUCUGGCAAUGCUACAGAUCAGCACGCGUCUGAGCUUCCCACUGACCCGAGUCUGCUACGUGUACGAUGAACAAAUGCUAGAGCACCGCAAUUUGCACGAAGAUCUCCACCCGGAGCAACCGGAUCGAAUAGCCAAAAUCUACACCCGCCACGAGGAGUACCGGCUGCUGUCGAGGAUGAAGCUACUUAAAGCGAGACAUGCCACCACCGAUGAGCUGUGCUUGGUGCACUCGCGUCAGCAUGUCAACGUCGUCCGGAGGACGGUGGAACGGGACGAGAUGAAGGAGGUGGCCGAUAAAUUUAAUUCUGUGUACUUCCAUCCGCGAACCUUUGAGUGCGCUACGCUGGCUGCCGGUUCGGUGCUGCAAGUUGUCGACGAGAUCCUAAACGGGCAGGCCCGCAGCGGGGUCUGCAUUGUAAGGCCUCCGGGACAUCACGCGGAGUCCGAUAUGCCCCAUGGGUUCUGUAUUUUCAAUAAUGUGGCAAUUGCGGCUCAAUAUGCGAUUCGAGAUCACGGUUUAAAGCGGGUUCUGAUUGUGGAUUGGGAUGUACACCAUGGGAAUGGGACGCAGCAUAUUUUCGAGAGCAAUCCGAAAGUGCUUUACGUGUCGGUGCAUCGCUACGAUAAUGCGACGUUCUUCCCGAAGAGUAAGGAUGCGAAUUUUGACGUUGUUGGAACUGGAGCAGGAGAGGGCUUCAACGUAAACAUUCCGUGGAACAAGAAGGGGAUGGGCGACCAAGAAUAUUCGGCGGUUUUCCAACAGAUAAUCAUGCCCGUUGCGUACGAGUUUGAUCCAGAGCUGGUGCUGGUUUCGGCUGGCUUCGAUGCAGCGAUCGGCGAUCCGCUAGGUGGCUGCAAGGUGACUCCCGAGGCGUACGGUUACUAUACCCACUGGCUCUCGUCGCUGGCCAAUGGCCGAGUAGUGGUUUGCUUGGAGGGAGGUUACAACGUCAAUUCGAUCUCCUACGCUAUGAGCUUGUGUACGAAAGCGCUUCUCGGUGAUCCGCUGCCAAUGUUGCAAACAAGUUCUCGUUACAAUGGGCCAAACUCUGCCUGUGUUGAUACCAUCCGUAACGUACUUUCGGUACAGGAGAAGUUUUGGAAAUGCCUACGGUUUAACAAGAAGCUGCCCAGCUUCCGCAGUUCCAGUGCAGAGCCGGAUCUUGAUGGUGCUUUCAACAAGCUGCACAUCGCUUCCUCCGAUGCAUCGACGACCGGAACUUCUUCAUCCGCCGGUUCAUCACCAUCUAAAGAUCAAAGCCGAACAUCGUUAGAGGAAGCUCCGCCGUUUGAAGGGGACGAUCAACCGGGACCCUCGAGCAAACGAACUCCUUUAGCUGGAGAUAGCGCUUCAGAUGAGGCGGUUGCUGGUGCGUCCAGUGUUGGGGUGAAGAAAGAAACCCUUCGAGAUUUUUUGGCUGCCAAUUUAGAGGCCUUACAAAAUGAGGAAAUGUUUGCCGUCGUACCACUACGCGAUUGCCCACAUCUAAAGGAACUCAAUUCGGAUAAUAUUCCAGAACGAAUCAGUACAAAAACCCCCUGCGCAGAUUGCGCCUCUGGCGCGGAGAACUGGGUCUGCCUGCAUUGUUUCCGAGUAUGCUGCGGACGGUAUAUCAACGAGCACGCAAUGCUUCACAGUCUGGAGGCGGACCACGCGCUAGUCCUCAGUUUCACCGAUCUGUCGGUGUGGUGCUACCGGUGCGAGUCCUACGUUGACAACCCGGUAUUAUACCCGUACAAAAAUCUAAUUCACCAGAACAAAUUCGAGGGCGAACCGCUGGUCUGGUCGUACGGCAGCGAUCUGUUGUUGGAUGUGGCACAGCCACCAGCACCCACCAAGGAGAAGGAAUGAUACUUGAUGCUGUCCAAGGUCAUCAUCCGACUGUUGAUACUCUAUCUGACCAAUUACCUGGUAACUGCCUACUUUAAGUAGAAGCGACCGCGUCGGUCGCUUCCUGUGUUUUUUUUCUGGUUAACUUUUUAAACAAAAUGUUUCGUUAUAUUUAUUAACCGUUGAACUAUUCGCUAAGACUGCGAGCAAUUUCGAAAACAAGUAUUAUUUUUUUAACUGACCCGGCAACCUUUGUCGGAAAACUAAUCCUAACCUAACCAAUUUUAACACCAUGGUCUCGUUUCCAAAAAAUAUAAACAAAUUGUAAAUAAGUACGCGAAUUCACAAUGUUCAAAUCACCCUAAUAAACUAUAUAUUAUACCCAAGGGAGGCACGCCGCUACCACACACGGAUAAUCAACAAUGCUAACCAAAGAUAACUAGUUUAAAUCGUGUUUGCAAGUGGCAAAUUGAAUUUAUUUUGCUAGACGUGAAAAACUGAUUGAUAGUUGAACUGUUUAAACCUCAUGUUACAGACCUCAGAAGUUGAAAACAAAAGAAGAAAAAACAAAUGUAAAUUUAACACACGUUGAGACGCAGGGUUCUUUGUUGAUUUUAUUUUUACUAAACAAAAAACAGACAUUGAGAAUAAAUCAAAUUAUACUAGAGAAAAUGCAUCUUAUACAUUAGCACAGUUUUAAUAAAGACGUUUACCAACAAAUAA